CAGGUAGAAACGCUAAUUCAAACUUCAGCCUUAUUCUGUUGACCUGUGUGUGUUGUGUCCUGCGACUUCCUGUGACUUCCUGUGACCUCCUGUGACCUCGGGGCUCCUGCGUAGGGCAUGUGAGGACCUAGGAUCCGCGACAGAUCUACCAGUUUUGAGGAAGAUUACACAGAUCACGAUCAUGAGGAAGUCAAAUUUGGGAACAGGAAGCGUCCAGCGUCCGGGGAUCAGGCCACGCGGUGAUGACGGUACUCCCAUUAACAGACUCGGGCGGAAAUCCCAUCUCCCUAAAGCAUUGCAGCCAGACAGUGGUAAGAGAGGAAGCACCAGCAGAUUCAAGCGAGGAAGCACAGAAGGCCUUGCCCGUCUCUCCUUGGCAUCAAUGCGUUACACCCCGAACCGAAACAAUAUUCCAUCCAUUAACACUCAUGCAGGCCCACCCAGUGGUAGCAGUAGGAUGUCCGUGGACACAGUCCGCUCUAGCAUGGGUGGUAAAAGCAGGAAGGAGACCCGACCCCUUGGUGAUCCAGCUUUCAAGAAUCAAUGCAUUGAUAAGGUUCUUGAUUUUCUUGUUCGAAAUGGUUACGAGUGCCAGCUUCAGCGACGCAAUCUUUACACUCCAUCCACCAGAGAUUUUGCAAGAAUCUUCAAUUUUGUAUAUGUACAUCUGGAUAGUUCUUACUUGCAGCCCAAUAGAGUUGAGGAAGAAAUCCCAAGGAUUUUGAAGUUACUGAAAUAUCCUAUUCAGAUGCCCAAGUCAUCGUUUAUCACAGUUGGCUCCCCACAUACGUGGCCAUCAGUGUUGGCCAUGUUAGCGUGGCUUGUGGACAUAGUGAACAUGAUGGAUGCCUUUGACCCUGUUACCUGUGCAUUUCCAAGUGAUUUUGAAUCGGACAUCAACAUAACCCAAGUUAAAUUUUCAACAUGUGUGAAUCUUUCCAAAAAUGAAUGCGACACUGAGAAAAUUGAGGCUGCCUUAGAGGAGUUCCGGCACGCACUGGAGCUUGUAGAGGGCGUACGACCGCAAGAUAUGGUGCAUCAUCAAGAAGAAUUUGAGGAGCUAGAAAGGAUGAUGGACACUCUCAAUAGUGGACCAGAGAGGCUUAAACAACUGCAGUUCCAGUGCAGUCAGAUCAAAAAUGACCUGGAGAAGAUGAAUGAAUAUUGCCGAGAGAUGCAGGUCUAUAUGUCCAGCAAAGACAGUGAACAAACUCAGCUGGAAGACAAACUCUCUGAAUUAAAUUCCAGAAAUAUGCAAAUCAAAGAGCAGAUAGCAAGCCUUGAGAUUCUGCAAGCUCAACAAGCUUUAAGUGCUGAAGCCUUGGCACGGUUUAAAAAUCAUGCUAAUGAUGUGGCUGCGAUGAUUGCUCAACUUCAAAACGAAAUCAAGGAUUUAGACUCCCAGGUAUGGGGUCUGGAGAUGGAGACUGGAAAAUUGCAAAAAACAUUGUGUGAUUCUGUGUGUUCAUUUAACACCCUCAUUCGCCAGCUUGAACUUCCUAGUGACUGUGAAAUUUCCUCGGCCAAUGUCAGUGGCAACUUGCAUCACUGGCAAAAUACUCUACUGAAUGAGCUGCGAGUUAGAAAAAAGAAUGCUAAACAAGAUACAUACCUUGUUCAAACCCAGAAGAGAGAAAAAGAAGGGGAAGUUGAUACGAUAAGAGAGAUGUUCCAAGAUAAGGCCGAUCAAACAAGCAAGCUGGAGAACAAACUCCGGCGUGUAGAAGAAAAUAUAUUGCUAACUAAAACUGAAAUUGCUGAACAGGAGCGAGAGAUGAACCAUGAGAAUGAAUGGCAGCUCCACGAGAUCACUGAAGCACGCAAGGCUCGUAAAGGCUCCCUUUUUCAAAAACAAUUUGCCCUUGAAGAGGCGAAAAAAGUGUUUAAAGAGACACAGACUCGUGUGAAGGACCACACAAUUGCGGGGACGCAGUUCCUGGUGCACGUGGGACAUAUUGCCCUGGAGAACUGGGGAUACGAGCAGCGUGAAGCUGCCAAGUUUAAAGUCGAAGUGGAGAAAAUCUGCUUUGAGCUCACAAACUAGUUAUCUAGUUUUACAAAUUUAUUAAUCCUCAUGUAAGAAAUAGUUUAUUAGUUCCCAUCGAAAAAUAAAUAUUUCCAGUACCAACAUUUAUAACUCCAUUGUGAAAUUUUAUUUUAUUUUAUAGUACUGCAUAGGCUCUUUGUAUUAAUUCUGCAAUAUACUGUAUAUCCAUUGUUUGACAUUUAUAGUUUAUUUAGUAUAAAUAUAUAAUAUUGCUGUUUUUAUGAGUACAGUAUAUUUUCUCUAGAUCCUGAAACACUUCUUCAUUAUAUACUUUUAGGGCAUUUAUCUUUGUAUGAAAUAUAACCUUUAGAGUUCAUAUAUUAUUACGUAGCUAAUAUUGACAUAUUGGCGGUCAUCUGUAUCAAUGGCAUGCAUUUUUAUAUUUACACUAGCUAUACAAAUUAAAUAUAUUUUUUUACUA